UGUCAGCCACGGAGUGAACAAGUGCCCUCGCCGAAAACUCUCUCGUUGCAACUCUUGAGUGUGAGAGAAGUAAAGUGUGCUUCUCUUUUUUUUUUUAGUUGAACCCUGCGAAAAGAAGAUGGCAGACUACCGGGAAGACACCGGAGCUCGGGCCCUGCUGGCUUUACAGUCGGCACCGUGCAGUCCCGUGCGUGUUGCGGUGACCUCGCACCCCUAUCACCAGCCUUCGUUUGGCUUCUUGGGUCCUCCGCUGGUGGAAACCCGUGCCGACGCCGGGAUUCUUCCCAUUCGCCUAGCGUGCCCUCCUCCACAGGCCCUGGCCAGACUUGAGGGCCGGGACUUUGAGUUUGUCAUGCGCCAGAGGACGGUCACCAUCGGCCGGAACUCGUCUCACGGCUCAGUGGACAUUAACAUGGGUCAUUCGAGUUUCAUUUCACGGCGACAUCUGCAGAUCACCUACGACGAGGCACACGGGUUCUCCCUCCGGUGCUUGGGCAAGAAUGGCGUGUUCGUCGACGGUGUGUUUCAGCGGAGAGGGGCGCCGCCGCUGCCGCUACCCCGAGAGUGUAUGUUUCGUUUUCCCAGCACAGUAAUCAAGAUCCAGUUCAUGUCACUCCUGGCGCCAGACGAGCACAGAGAGAGGGAGCAACCUGCACUUCCCCCUCGCCCUCUUCUGCCCCACAUUUCCCCCCUCAAAAUCAGCAUUCCCACAAUGCAGCAGCACGAAGAGCACAUCCGAGCGUUUGGCUCUCCACUGCCUUCGCCCACUGGUACCAUCAGUGUUCCUAACUCCUGUCCGGCUAGUCCACGAGGUGCAGGGUCAUCAGGGUAUCGCUAUGGACGCAACGUGACCUCUGACCUCCAGUUAGCAGCUGAAUUUGCAGCCAAGGCCGUUUCUGAGCAGAGACGAAGCCUCAUCGAUCAGAGAUGUGGUGGAAGUGAGCCGCGUGGGGAGUCAGCUGGCGGAGACAGCCCCAAGGAUGAGUCCAAGCCCCCUUAUUCCUAUGCACAGCUGAUUGUCCAGGCCAUCUCCUCUGCCUCGGACAAACAGCUGACUCUCAGUGGCAUAUACGCCCACAUCACCAAACACUACCCCUACUAUCGCACUGCAGACAAGGGGUGGCAGAACUCGAUCAGACACAACUUGUCUCUCAACCGCUACUUCCUGAAGGUGGCUCGAUCUCAGGAUGAGCCGGGGAAAGGUAGUUUUUGGCGGGUAGAUUCCGCCUCUGAGAGCAAGCUGGUAGAACAGGCAUUCAGGAAAAGACGGCAAAGAGGAGUGGCUUGCUUUAGGACGCCAUUCGGACCUCUCUCUUCUAGGAGUGCCCCUGCAUCCCCGACCCACCAGGGGCUUCUCUCUCCUCCAUCCAGCGGGCUGCAGACUCCUGAAUGUCUGAGCAGGGAGGGCUCUCCCAUUCCCCAUGACCACCAUGAGCAGCUAGCUCACAAAUUGGCAUCUGUGCCUGAGUACAGGUACUCUCAGAGUGCCCCAGGAUCUCCAGUCAGUGCUCAGCCUGUCAUCAUGGCUGCCCCCCAUCACCUGGCAGGGAAAGCCCUUGCUCUAGUUCCAGGUGGUGGUGGUCAAGUCCAGCCCAUCCACCUGCUUCAGAACGCCCCUCAGUCCUCCAUCACCAUGCUCAGGGUGGUAACCAGUGCCCCUCUUGCAUCCAAUCCUCUGAAUGGGUACAGCACAUCCUCUGUUGGAGCAGCAGAGGGCAACAGUGAUCUCAGAGAAGCCCAGCUGAACAGGGAGCAAGUGAUCCAGACUGUGGACAGUGCGGUGCAGCAGGGCGGGGAUGGGAGGAACUUCGUCCCAGGUUUACAUCAACUUCCUGUCCGUCCGGUGACCCAGAAUGGCAAACACACCACUGCUGUUGUUGCCACGGCGAACAGCCUUGCUAUUGCAUCUGGCCUCUGUAGUCCUCUCCAGAUCCUGGCUGCUCAGGCCUCCAGCUCCCCUCCAGUGCUGGUGAGCCGACACCCCAAUGCAGAAACUUUAGCUGAGCAGCCAGGUGAGCCCCAGGCCAAGCGGCCAAAGAUGGAGAACGAGGGUGGGACUGAAUCUGCUCAUCAUCAGGUAACAUCUGCCCAGCAGCCUGUCAUCGUUGCCAUGACAUCACAAACCCAAGACCCCAGGAUGUAAAAACCCCAGGGCCUCUUAACAGGUACCCGAUGGACAGCCUUCUUAUUGUCCCCAAACUGCUUUGCCUUUUAUACUCAUUUGAUAUGACUGCAGCCGCAACGGCCAAAAAAUGUACAGGCAGCCUCUCUCAACAGAAGGGAAUUCACUUAUAAGGAACAUAUAUUUUGGUCAAAAAUAGAUGAAACGUUUCAAAUACAUUCUGAAUGUAUAAAGAAUAUCUUUCAGGAGUUUUUUCAGCUUUACAGACUUUUUAAUGUGAUCCAUCAUUCACAAUAAAUUAAGAAUUGAGUUAAGCUUGUGAGAGCAUUAUACAUAUUGAUAAUCAUUUCAGCACUACUUUUUCUACGUGAAUGUUGGCUUAUCAGACUGGUCUCCUCUUGAUAAUGGAUUGAAUGCAUCAGUCGCUCUCAGGCCAAAGAACUCACCUCUCCUGCACUUGUGAUAAGAGUCAUAGUUUGAUUUAAAACCAGGGAAUGUGUGUUCGCAUGUUUGAAAAUGGCUGAAAUUAACGGAAGAAGCUGUGAUAAUCAGAGAUGACAUAAUGUGUAAAUUCACACACUUGUGGACAUAAAGAUAAGAGAGGACUUAACUGUAUAUUUUCACUGACAGGGUUGAUGUUUGGGAGACUUUUAAGAAUAUGAUUGUACUCUUCACAAGGCAAUCCUUACUGAAAAAAAACAGGUUGUCUUUCUUAGAAAAGAGAAAAAAAACGUGUAUACACUGAGGCCUGGAUCUGAAUGUGAGGCAUCUUCCUCUUGCCUUCUCACACAAUAAGAACAGGGUAAUGUUUUUGUAAAAGUAAUGGAAAGGAAAACUCAUAAAACAAACCAAGACUUUUUCAGAUCUUGGUUCCCUGCAGCUCAGUGCGGUUUGUCAGAGUAAAGCUAAAUUCAAGAUGACCUGCAUGAUUAGACAGCAGAGCUGUAGCAAAGAAAGGGCAGAAACAAGAGGCAACUAUUCGGAGUUGAUUAAAGUGGAGCUGACCUAAUGUAGACAAACUGAUUGUUGUUUUAUUAUUAUUAUUAUUAUUUUUUAGUAGUGGUUCAAGGAGAAAUGGAACAGCUUGUGCGUACAGUUUUUGUCUUAGCACAGAAAAGCAUUAUUGAAAUAAUCCUUAAAGCCUUAAGUAUUUCUACAUUUUUCGUUGUCAUUUUACUUUAACCCGUAGACAGCUUAACCUUUUUUUGUAGAUUAAUACAGCGCUUCUUUAACAGUACACAAUUAGCAACACUACAGUGGUGAUAGUUACGUUGCAUCAGUAGACUUGUAUCGGUUUUAUAAGGGGAAGGGCGGGACCAACACAUGACCACAUAUUCAUCUGCUCUCUUGAUGUUUUCUUUAUUUCUUCAGGGUACUUUUGGCAUCUUUUCUAAUCUUUGCUCCCCACUUUUUUUAUUUUGACCUUUUUAUCCUUUACCUUUCUCCUCCUCCCUCUCCUCAGUGAGCAGUCUCCAUAUUUUCUGCCUCAAACGAGGCGUCGAGCUGUUGGCACAGACACACUGCCUUAAUCAGACAUUCUCCAGCACUUUCUCCCCCCUCUCUCUCUUCUCACUCAUUCUCACUCUGCCUUUAGCUGAAUGCAAUCUCACAGGCUUCUUUUAAAGCUGGCAAUCAGGCACAACUUGCGCAAUAUUUCAGUGAUCAUUGUUGCACAUUAUAAGAAAGAAAAAAAAAAAGAUGUGUAAUGAUUGUAUGCUGCUUUAUCUGCUAAAUGAUAAAGCUAUUUAGAAGUUUGUUUUUCUUAUUUUGGAAAAAAAGAAAAAAUAUUUUGCUAUAUGUUAAAACAGCUGUCAUCAAUACGUAAACAUUCUGGAAAUAGAGAAGUAUAUGUAUUUUUAAAUGUUCCUGUAUUUGUGAUUUGUUAAAAUGUGUAGCACAAAUUAAAAUUCCUCAUUGACUUUAA